UCAUAGCGGACUGAACUGAAGGCUGAGUGGCACGGACAGGUAGGAGGCGAGAGCAACGGGCGACGGCAUCUCCCUCUGCAAAAGCAAGACUCCAAGAUAUGUAGGUAGGUAGGCAGCCAUGGCCAUGGGCUAUGGCCUUUGGGUAGCCUAGCAUUGAACGAAGAAGAUGAAGCGGUGCCAACUGCGAAUGCGGCAUGGGGUACAGGCAUCACGUGGCAGGAGGCAGUUGCCAACCUUGCCUCCUAUCCGUUGCCGUCGUCGAUGCCUUGGACACAGGACAGCCGGCAGGGCAGGGCAACUGCCUUUGGGGGGCUCCCAUGCUCAAGCUUCAACAUCGUUACGUACGAGCCACCGGCCAACGGCAGCUGCUGCCCUGCAUCGUCCCCUUGCCCAAGAUGGAUGCUCCUGUGUGUCAUGGACUCAUGCUAUUGCAGAGGAGGGAGAGGAGAGGACGGAGCUCACGCGCAACCAACAAUGGGGAUCUGCUGCAGCAAGGCCAAGGCGGACCUCGACGACGACGAGCAAGGGUUGGGAUUCCCAUGGAUGCACGACGACGUGUUCCACCACCACCUCUGGACCACCGCCGCCGCCUCCAUGCACACCAAGCAAGGCUGGAAGGGCGCCAACCAGGACGCCAUGGCCGUCUGCCAGGACUUUGCUGGCCACAAAGGCCACAUCUUCUGCGGGGUAUUUGAUGGGCAUGGCCCUCGUGGCCGGGAAGUUGCUCGCCAUGUCCGUGACACCCUUCCCAUGAAACUAUCCUCUGCUUUGAAGCCCAAAACUGGAGAACAAGAAGAUCCCUCAACCGAUACUUUGAAGCUCAGAACUGAACAAGACCCUUCAAGCAAUACAGAUUUGGAUUCCUCUGACAAGUCAGACUCCACCACAUCUAGUGAUGAUACAAGCGAUGAGAAACACCUGUUGUCUACAUGGAAAAACAUAUUUGUCAAGACAUUUGAGCAGGUGGAUGAGGAGCUGAGGCAACAUUCAGAAAUUGACUGCAUUUGUAGUGGCACAACAGCAGUCGCUGUUGUUAGGCAGGGUGAUCACUUGUUCAUCGCCAAUUUGGGUGACUCACGAGCUGUUCUUUGCACCCGGGACAGCAAGGACCGGCUGAUCCCAGUCCAACUGACAACUGACUUGAAGCCAGAUCUUCCAAGUGAACUCGCAAGGAUUCUAAACUGCAAGGGACGAGUUUUCGCCAUGGAUGACGAACCGGACGUGCAUAGGAUGUGGUUGCCGGACCAGGAUGCUCCAGGUCUCGCCAUGGCAAGGGCCUUCGGGGACUUCUGCCUGAAGAACCAUGGCCUUAUCUGCACACCUGAAGUCUACUGCAGGAAGUUAUCUGAAAAGGACGAGUUCUUGGUGCUUGCAACUGAUGGGAUUUGGGACGUGCUGUCGAACAAGGAGGUGGUGAAGAUCGUCUCAUCGGUCACCGACCCAUCAAAGGCGGCGAGACAGCUGAUCGACCGUGCGGUCCGAGCGUGGCGGUGCAAGUACCCGACGUCCAUGGUCGACGACUGCGCCGCCGUGUGCCUCUUCUUGAACCGGCCGGCAUCUCCUGACGAGGAGAGCCUCACAGGCACAGGAGACGUGAAGCCGCCUCGUGAACAGGCGGGCAUGUCGUUCACGGGGAGCUUCCGCAGGGUUGUGAGCAGCAGAGGCGGCGGCGAGGCGUCGGAGGAAGGGACGACGGUGUGGAGAGCUUUGGAGGGGGUGACGCGGGCCAACUCGGUGAUGAGGCUGCCGCGGAUCGGGCGCGUGCUGAGCUGGCGGAGGCGGUCGACGAACUCGCUGGAUGAAGACGAAGACGACAGGGAUUGAUGAUGAUGAUUGAAUCGGGACAAGUCGUUUUCAUGGCCGCUACACGUAAACUCUAUCGUGCAUGGCUGCAAGCUCUUAAUGGCCAGAAAUGGUUUUAGGAUUGGAUUGACAUUCAGGUUGUUGCGAUGGAUAAAAGUGAGAUGGACUGGAGUAGGAUUGCUUAAAUGUAACUCUUGAGCUCGGCGGUGAAAAUCGUCAUGUCUUACCAUUGCAUGCA